AUGUUUGUUAUUUCUGGAGUUGCUACCGACAAUCGUGCUAUAGGAGAACUUGCAGGACUUGCCAUUGGAUCAACCAUUCUACUCAAUGCCAUGUUUGCAGGGCCAAUUUCAGGGGCUUCAAUGAACCCAGCCAGGACCCUAGGGCCAGCCAUUGUGUCUAACCAAUACAAAGGCUUAUGGGUUUAUAUGUUGGGACCAAUUGUUGGAGCUGUUGCUGGUGCAUGGGCAUACAACGUCAUCAGGUUCACCGAUAAGCCUCUUCGUGUCAUCGUCAAAAAUGCAUCUUUCCUGCAACGUAGCAAUGGACGAAAUCGGUAA